AUGUCGAAUCCUCCCAGAGUUCGACACAUCUCAGAAUGCUUUAUCAAACCAGAAUAUGCAUCGGAAGAGUCAAAGCAACCCUUCUACCUGACGCCAUGGGAUCUUAUCAUGCUCUCUGCGCACUACAUCCAAAAGGGCCUUUUUUACAACAAGCCUCCCGCAUCAGAUGACCAAGAUCAGGCCUUCGUCAAGACUCUCUUGGACCGGUUGAAGAGCUCCCUCGCCCUCGCCCUUGUCCAUUUCUAUCCACUUUCCAGCCGCCUUGUGACACAAAAGAAUGAAAACCCACCUUCCUGCUUGGUUUUCGUCGACUGCAAUAACAGUCAUGGAGCUAAAUUUAUCCACGCAGCACUAGACAUGGAAAUAGCGGACAUCCUUUCACCGAUUGAUGUCCCAUCUGUUGUUCAGUUGUUAUUUGAUCAUGACAGAGCGAUCAAUCAUGAUGGGCAUACAAUGGCUCUGCUUUCCAUUCAAAUGACAGAGCUCAAAGAUGGCAUUUUUAUAGGCUGUUCCAUUAACCAUUUAAUUGCAGAUGGAACAUCUUAUUGGCAUUUCUUUAACUCCUGGUCUGAGAUUGCGGGUUCUUACUUAAUAUAG